AUGGGGGGUUUAGCCUUCUCCUCCUCUGUUAACCCGCCGCACAUACCUCGCAUGCCGCCGGCCGUAUACCGGUAUGUGGCGGCGGCAUGCUCCGCUGUGCUGCGGGAACUUUUUGUGUACGUUGCGACGCCGAUCGAAGGCCCUGGAAAGACCGAUCACGGCGACGUCGACGUCCUCGUUGCGCUCGAGAGGCGUGUGGUAUUUCCGCGAGCCGGCGUUGACUCCAAGCCCAAGACGCCCAUCGAGUUGAUGGAGGAGAUCAAACACAGACUCCGAACGAAACACGCCCUCGUUCAUUGGACGGGGACCUCAGCAAAUUUGGCAAUUCCGUGGCCUUCUGACAUGGAGGAUUGUACGAUGGCCCCCAGUUCUGCGGCCGAGGUCAAUGUUCCAAGCGGCGAGGCGGCAGAUCCAAAGCCUAAAUACGUUCAAGUCGACAUUCGGAUUUGCACAAGCGCCGACCAGCUUUUUUGGGCUCUCUACAAGCACGCACAUGGAGACCUAUGGAACUUGCUAGGGAGUAUUAUCCGCCCUUUCGGAUUGACAAUCGACGAGGAAGCUUUGUGGGUUCGCAUCCCUGAGAUCGAGAAAUUGGACCGCAAAAAGGCCAAAGUGUGCCUUAGCCGUGACCCAGUCGAGAUCCUCCACUUUCUCGGGAUGCAGGUCGAGGGAUUCUGGUCCAAGCCCUUUGCAUCGGUCGAGGCUCUCUAUGACUACGCCACCACCUGCCGCCUCUUUUGGAUCCAAGACUUGCCGUCGGAUGACGAAGCUAUCGCCCCCAGCAAGGAAGUGAACAAUUCCGGGGUCAUUGGCGGGGAGGAAGGUCGCAAACGGCUCAAGUCUAACGAUCGCCGGCGCAUGAAAGGCCGCGAAGUCUACCGCCGCUGGGUUGAAGAAUUCAUCCCGGCCCUUCGUGCCCAAGGCAAGUUUGUCCAUAAAGCCGGCCCCGGUACGACCAUCGAAGAGAUGCGAGCUGUCGUGCGGGAUGAGGCCUUUUCUCGCUUUUUCGUCAGGCCAGAGUACGAGCACCGACUAAGAGAGUGGCGGCUGCAGCGAGAUAGCGAGCAGAUGAAAGCCCUACUAAAGAAGCAGGUCCCAGAUACAUUGGAGCCUCAAAAAAGAUCUUGUUUGAUUGGGGCUCUGAAAAAGAUCAUCAUGGAGCAUGACACAUCGUAUGGGGUCGACACUUCCUCUUUUAGGGAUGCGGACGGGUUUUAUGACAUGGAAGUAGUUGGUCAAUUCAUACAAGGCAACCUCACGGGGCUGGGUGAGAUUGCAUGGGCCAACCAGCAGAAGAGGGCGAGGGAGGCGAUGAGAUUGAAGGCUUGCGGUUGCCAGAUACCGGGUGGCCUCUGCCAUGCCUGA